AUGGCCGACACAAAACCCAAGGACACACCGGCCGAGCCCGAAAAGCCUAUUGAACCUGCUCCAGUACCUAUUUCAGUUGGCGCAGAAAUCAAGGCCAACCUGGCCCUUCUUGACCGCGCUGUCUCCACUGUCGAGCCUCGCUUCACCGUCCGCGUACUAAGGAAUCUCACUGGACUUCGCAAGAAAAUCAAUGCUGAUCAUCUAAGGGAGACAGUAUUGACCACCUAUCCCAAAGACAGCCCUGCUCGUAAGGCGCUUGCCCCAUAUGUUCCGAGUGCCUCUUCCGCAAAAAGCGAUGCGGAUUCAACUCCGAGUGUAAAAAUCUCUGCAGAGCCCAUUCCUGAGAUUGAUAUCUACUUGCGUCUGCUCUUCAUCUUGCACUUUCUCGACAAUUCAGAUGUCCCUAAGGCCAGCAAGUUAACGCAUGAAACUAUCGAGAAGAUUCAGUCUCUGAACCGCCGUAGCUUGGAUCCUCUGGCAGCUAAAGUCUACUUUUAUCUAGAUAGGGUACACGAAGCAACGGGUGACCUCUCAUCAAUUCGUUCCCUCCUCUUGGCCGCUCAGCGCACCGCUUCGUUAAGGAGAGAUGAAGAAUGUCAGGCUGCCUUAAUUAACCUUUUGCUGCGAAAUUACCUCCACUACAACCUUUAUUCUCAAGCCGACAAACUCGUGUCAAAGACAACCUUCCCAUCUUCCGCUGGAAACUCCCAGCUCGCCCGUUAUUUGUACUAUGUAGGGCGCAUCCGGGCGGUUCAGUUGUCUUACACCGAGGCUCACACCCAUCUCCAACAAGCCAUUCGACGCGCGCCUGUAGCCACACUUGCCCCUGGGUUUUAUCAAACAGUCCACAAGUUCUUCAUAGUAGUCGAGCUUUUGAUGGGUGAUAUCCCUGAGCGCGGUCUUUUCCGUCAUCCGGUGCUCAAACGAGCCUUGCAACCCUACUUAGAGAUUGUUCGAGGUAUGCUUCCCCGAUUCUCAAACUGUGCUCCGCUUAUUGAUUAUGUUCGAAGCUGUUCGCACUGGAGACCUCUCACAAUUCAGUCCACGUUAUCUACUUAUAAAGAUCAGUUCACGAACGAUGGUACUUUCACCUUGAUCCUACGUCUGCGGCAUAAUGUCAUUAAGACUGGCAUCCGUUCGCUUUCGAUUGCGUAUUCUCGUAUAUCCCUUCGCACCAUUGCUCAGAAACUUUCUCUCGACUCGGAGGAGAACGCUGAAUACAUCGUCAGUAAAGCUAUUCGAGAUGGUGUUAUUGAGGCCAAGAUCGAGCAUGAGAAAGGGUGGAUGGAGAGUUGGGAGCGCGGAACAGAUCGUGGAACGGGCAGAGGUGGUGUUUAUGAGACCGGUGAACCUCGCGAGGCUUUCCAAAAGCGUAUUGCAUUCUGUAUGGAGUUGCAUAACGAGAGUGUUAAGGCAAUGCGAUACCCCCUUAAUGCGCAUCGGAAAGAGUUGGCCAGCGCAGAGGCAGCUAGGGAACGUGAGAAGGAAUUGGCCAAGGAGAUUCAAGAGGGAGAUAUGGAUGAUGAUGGCGACGAUGCGACCAUGGGUGACUUCUAA